AGCUCUGAGUGGUUUCCUGUUGCCCCGCUCUAAACCCCUCCACAUUCCCGCAGACCUUCAGACUGCCGGAGCGCACUCAGCCUGCUGCCUGCCUGCCUGCCACUGAGGGUUCCCAGCACCAUGAAGGCGUGGGUCUUCUUUCUCCUCUGCCUGGCCGGCAGGGCCUUGGCAGCCCCUCAGCAGGAAGCCCUGCCUGAUGAGACAGAGGUGGUGGAGGAAACGGUGGCUGAGGUGUCCGAGGUACCCGUGGGAGCCAACCCCGUCCAGGUGGAAGUAGGAGAAUUUGAGGAAGGUGCCGUGGAAGCUGAGGAGGAGGUGGUGGCUGAAAAUCCCUGCCAGAAUCACCACUGCAAGCACGGCAAGGUGUGCGAGCUGGAUGAGAGCAACACCCCCAUGUGCGUGUGCCAGGACCCCACCAGCUGCCCUGCCCCCAUUGGCGAGUUUGAAAAGGUGUGCAGCAAUGACAACAAGACCUUCGACUCUUCCUGCCACUUCUUUGCCACCAAGUGCACCCUGGAGGGCACCAAGAAGGGCCACAAACUCCACCUGGACUACAUUGGACCCUGCAAAUACAUCCCCCCCUGCCUGGACUCCGAGCUGACCGAGUUCCCCCUGCGCAUGCGAGACUGGCUCAAGAACGUCCUGGUCACACUGUACGAAAGGGAUGAGGACAACAACCUCCUGACCGAGAAGCAGAAGCUGCGGGUGAAGAAGAUCCACGAGAACGAGAAGCGCCUGGAGGCCGGAGACCACCCCGUGGAGCUGCUGGCCCGGGACUUCGAGAAGAACUACAACAUGUACAUCUUCCCGGUGCACUGGCAGUUCGGCCAGCUGGACCAGCACCCCAUCGACGGGUACCUGUCCCACACCGAGCUGGCCCCACUGCGUGCCCCCCUCAUCCCCAUGGAGCACUGCACCACCCGCUUUUUCGAGACCUGUGACCUGGACAACGACAAGUACAUCGCUCUGGAUGAGUGGGCCGGCUGCUUCGGCAUCAAGGAGAAGGAUAUCGACAAGGAUCUGGUGAUCUAAGUCCACACCUCCGUCCGCAGUACCGGAUCCUCUCUCUUUAAACUUCCCCUCCCUGUUUCCCCCCAAAUUUAAAAUGUUUGGAUGGUUUAUUGUUCUGCCUGGGGACAAGGUGCUAAUAUAGAUGUAACUGAACACAUUAACGGUGCUAAAGAUGGAAAUUGUAACCCAAAUCAUGACAUUCUUAGCGGUAACUCUGCCUCUUGCUCACCCACUAACGGUCCCAUUUUUCUCCCCUCAUCGUCUUAGUAGCAAAUGAGUGGGGACUUUGACCUGUUCACAUCUGCCUUCAACACAUCUUGCAUCUUCAGAUUUGCUCUGAGUUUUCUGUUUCAAACUCAUACUCACCAAUCAGAUUCUGUGUCAAUUUUAUUUCGGGGUGUUGGCUGCCGGUGGGGUGGGUGGGGGUCUUCCCCACACGGCCUGAAGGUGGCAAAAGGAAGUAACAGACACGUGACGUCGGCAGGAAUGUUUCUGGGACUAGAGGACCAGGGGUGGGGGAAGUCCUGGAAACCCACCUAGGGAACAGCAGAUAACCAGUCUUGCUUGCCCGGGGCUGUGCAGGGAGAGCCCGGGGCUGUGUUUGAAAGCAUGUAAGCUCUCGCUCAAACGCAGCUCCUCACCAUUCCCCUCGUCUUUCGGUGCCAUCCCCCCCGCCUCGCCCCCCACCUUAGGCUGUUUAUUCAAACUUUUGGGAGCAGUGGACCACCAGUUCUCUGGAUCCACCCAGCCUCUGGGGGUGAAUCACUACAUGCUACAGGGCCUCUCCCCUCCUAGCUGCUGGGAGAGGCAGGACUGGGAUGCUGUUCAGCCAGGCAAGCCAAAAUCAGGAGUGAAGUGUAGAACGUUGGAAAAUAGAAAAAGUGGAGUUAGUGAAUUGGUUUUGUUUUCUGAGGUUGGUUUUUUUUCCUUCUUCUUUUCAUUUUUGGAUGAGGGGGUCUUUCCCUUGGUUUCUAGCAUGUUUCUCCUUUUCUCCCCUCCCCCGUUUUCCGUCUACUAACCAAGAGAAACUUCAAAGUCAAUGGAUGGUCAGAUCUCACAGGCUGAGAACUCGUUCGCCUCCAAGCAUUUCAUGAAAAAGCUGCUUCUUAUUAAUCAUGCAGACUCUUGCCCUGAUGCGGAGUUUGACAAAUCUUUCAAAAUAAAAGUAACGACUUAGAAAUUGC